ACUGCCAAACAAGAGAGGAAGAGCUAAUGUGCACACACCCACUUUCCCGGGUAAAACAUCACAACAAUUCCUUCAAUAUAAUUCCUCUUCUCUUUGGCUGCAACUAUAAAACUUACCAUGGCAUUAAACUUACUUUGAAGCUUAGUGGAUAGCUGCUCGUGAAGAAGUAGUUAGUUAUGAGGGUCAUUCAAACUGCUGGGUCUAAUUACUCAUUUCUCCUCCAACAAUGCUCCUUUUCCAGGAAGAGAAUUGGAGUCGUCGAAGUGAUCAAGUCUAAUUUGUCAGACUCAGAUGCCAAGAGAGCAAACCUUUCUGCCAGGAAGAAAGAAAGAAUUAAGCUUCCCAAGCAUGACGGUAUUGGUGGAGAUAAUAUAUCAUUUCAUAUAAGUGAAUUUCUGAGCCAUAAAUCUGGUGUUGAAGCAAUGUUGAACAAAAGAGCUUUGCAAAGCUUUGAAUCUAUUGAUUCUAACAUGUACAGGUGUACUCUACCACAAGUUCAACUUCUGAAUUUUGAAGUUGCCCCUGUUUUGAUUUUACAAGUGAACCCAACCAGCGAAGACUGCACUGUGGAGAUGUUGUCUUGCAAGUUUGAGGGUUCUGAUUUGGUAGAGCAGCAGAAUGACCACUUUUCAGCAUCAAUGGUAAACCGUAUAACGUGGGAAACAGUUGGAUCUCAGCCUUUCCUAAAUGUUGAUGUGAAAUUAAAUAUCUCUCUUGAGAUAUAUACCAUGCCAUUUACCAUGCUGCCUACUUCUGCUGUUGAGAGUCCCGGUAACUUAAUGAUGCAGGCUUUAGUGGACAGGCUAGUACCGUUGCUUUUGCAACAACUGCUUCAAGAUUAUGACAACUGGGUUCAGCAACAUCAGAAAUCUCUGUCGUGAAUCCAACUCCUUUAUACCUGAGUAAGUUAACUACAUUUAUGGCUUGGUGAGGAAAAUAUAAUGAAACUCCGUCUAGCUACAAUACUCCAUGUGAGCCCGUUUGCUCCAUCCUUGGUGGGUAAGUUUAGCCACCCAGACAACUGUACUUGUGGGUUGUUGGCUUGUUGCAAGCUUUCAACUGGGUGGUGGACUAGUCUAGGUGCCCAAGCUGGUUCGAACAUCAAUCAUAUCUAUAAAGUGUAUGAAAUUCCAUACUUCCAAGGUCCAAGUGUAAGCUGCCUAUUUGAUGCUCAUUUCUUUGUGCAAAAUGUCAAUCAUCUUUAGUGAUAUCAAUUCAUUCAAGUCUGUCA